AUGCUCGUCUUCUCUGAUGUCAUCUCCGGUGACCAGAUGCUCUCGGACAGUUACCCUAUAAGAGAAGUGGAUGAUGUUGUCUACGAAGUAGACUGCAAAUAUAUACAAACCCGCCAGGGCGUUGAUGUUGAUAUUGGCGCUAAUCCUUCCGCCGAAGAAGCGGAAGAGGGGCUGGAAGAUGGCAUCAUUCAGGUCAUUGAUGUUAUUGAUGCAUUCCGGCUACAACCUACUUCCUUUGACAAGAGAGAUUAUCUGGCUUACUUAAAGAUUUACAUGAAAGCCAUCGAAAGCUAUCUUUGGGAAACAGAUCCCGGCAGGGUCCAAGAGUUUGAGAAGAAUGUGUCGGAAAGUAUGAACGUCGACGGUAUGGUUGCUCUUUUCAGCUACCGUGAGGAUGGUGCCCCAUUCUUUACUUUCUGGAAGGAUGGACUGCACGUAGUUGAUUGUUAA